GCUUCUGCUCUGAAGUGCGCAGAGGGGAAGAGCCCGGGAGAUCUCUGACCUGUCACCAUGGAGGAGGGGAGGGGCGACAGCUUUGUGGGCGUGAGCUUGGAGCGCCUCAAACUACAGCUGCUGGAGGAAAUCCACAGGAAGGAUGUAGUGCAACUCUCAUUGGUUGAAAUGAAACACAAGAUUGCAGAACUGGAAGCCAAACUCAGCACUGACAAUGAAGGUGGUGAAUGGAAAACUCGUUAUGAGGCACAACUUGAAUUGAAUGAUCAGCUACAAAAACAAAUUGUAUCUCUACAAGAGAAAAUGAAGAGAGUCCGUGGAAAUCCUUCAGAUAGACUAUCUUCUAUUCGUGUUUAUGAGCGAAUGCCAGUGGAAUCCUUAAAUAUAUUACUUAAACAACUAGAAAGAGAAAAAAGGAGUCUUGAAAAUCAAGUGAAAGACUAUGCACUCAGACUGGAACAAGAAUCAAAGGCUUAUCAGAGGACCAGCAGUGAACGGCGUACAUACCUAGCUGAAAUGUCUCAGGGCUCUGGCUCACAUCAAAUUUCUAAAAGGCAACAGAUGGAACAACUACCUAGAAUGAGAGAGAAUCUAGUAAAAACGGGAAGAUACAAUCGAGUUAAUCAGAAGACUGUGAAUGCUAAGAGAGGAACAGUGAGAAAGAUUGCAAGAUCAAAUCAUCUUCCCAAACUCAAUCAGUGAUUUCAGAACUGCAUGGAUUUCAAUUUUUUCCUUCUUUUAUUCAUGUACAAUAUUCAUCCUGUGAAGUAAAUGUUCAUUGUAUUAUUCAGGGAAUGAAAUAGAUAAGAGCUGCUAAAUUUUGGUUCUUACAGUUUACUCCUCUGCAUGAAUGGAAUUUUCCCUGUGAUCCUGAAAUAUCUAACUGAAGUGCUUGUGAUUUUUAAAUAUAUAGAAAAACUUGAAGGUUGACAUCAUUACGCUUGCUUUUAAUGAUAUAUUCAUGACUUUUUCUAAUAAUAACAUUACUAUUAUAUUGGUUUCUGGCAGGCUGGCUGUUAAAAAGUAUCUAUAAAAUGUUUCACACUUUUAGCCUAUAUCAUGCUGAUCUGUUUAUAUUUAAAGUUUAAGCAAAAUUUCAAACCAUUAAAUUUUGAUUGAAAUAUCAUGGCAUUAUUGGAAUAGGCUUCAAUCGUGGCAGUACUGGGGACUGAACUCAGUGCUUG